AUAUAUAUAUACAUAUAUGUAUAUAAAUGUGCAUUUGUUUUGUCUACAGAAAUUGUCUGGUUUAUCGGUGUUCUAUGCGACUUUUGUUUAAAUAUUAUCUUACCGUUUAAUCAUGUGAAGUUGUGUAGUCUGUUGAAGUUCAAAUACGUUUAUGAUUUCUUAUAUAUUGGUUUGAAGAAGUAGUUGUUUAAUAAGUACAAAAAAAAGAGAUAGCGGACAGCUGAUCCGAUUCCGAUUCAACGCAGACCCCAAAUUAUCACACCUGCGACAAUAUAAAAUAAAUAAUUCACAAUAUUGCCGCCAGAAGUUAAGCAUAUAUUCGUUAAAACAAGCAUACAUCGAUAAGAUAUAUUUAAAUGGAAAUGGCGCUGCCCAGAAACCUCAUAGCAAAGAUCUAUGAAAUCAAGGCGCACGAUGGUAAGGUCACAAGCCUCGAUUUGGGGGAGACGGGACGAGUGCUGGUCACUGGAGGAGAAGAUCGCAAUGUGAAUCUGUGGGCAAUUGGCCAAUCUGAGUGUUUCAUGUCUCUAACGGGGCACAAUCGUUCAAUUGAUUGCGUGCGCUUUGCAUAUAAGGAUAAUUUUGUAUACUCGGCUGAUGAUAUCGGAAUCAUACGCAGAUGGGAUUUGAAUGCCCAAACCAUUUAUUCGACACUCAAUGGCCACAUGAAGAGUGUUCGAACCCUCGAUUUUAAUCCAUCCGGGGAAUAUGUGGUCUCCGGAAGUAAUGACACAACGGUCAGACUUUGGGACGUACAAAACGAAAAUAAAUGCAUUAAAGUGUGCAAGGGCCACAUAUCGUAUGUGAACUCUGUAAAGUUUUCUCCAGAUGGGCUUUGGAUUGCAUCCGCUGGAGUGGAAGGAUCAAUCUUGAUCUGGGACAUACGCAAGAGCAAACAAAUAAUGGAAUUUGCACCAGAGCCCCCUGCCAUGGCCAUCACAUGCAUUCAAUUCCAUCCGUUUGAAUUUUUACUAGCGGCUGGCCGGGUCGAUGGAUCCGUCUCCAUCUACGAUUUGGAACAUCAGCAGCUUGUUUCGCACGCAAAUCAUUUUUAUGGCGAGGCCAUCAAAUGCAUUACAUUUAGUGAAAAUGGAGAAUGCCUUUUUGUGGGCAGCGCUUCGGGAAUAUCUGUGAUUGGCUGGGAACCAGAUCGGGAAUUGGAUCACAUCAUCAGUACUUGGGUCUCGCUGGGUGACAUGAAAGUUGUUAAAAACAAGCUAAUUUGUGGCUGCCAUGAUGUUGACACUGUAUCAAUAAAUACAGUGUGCCUUGAUCGUGUGAUACCAUUCUAUAGUCCGUCAGAUGCUCAGCCCAAUUUUAAACAUAACUCAACAAGCCGAAAGAGCUUUUCGCGAGGCAAUCAAACAUUUCGCUUGUCGCUGGCCGGCGGAUCCAAGCCGGCGAAAGUCGAUGAAGAGCUGGAGCUCGAUAAAAGUCAAAAUUACGAUGAGCUGUCAUCGCCAAAUCUAAGUCUGGAAGUUGUUAGCGAAGCGGCAUUGGAACAGAUCGAAGCAUCGCCAAUGUCAUCAUUACAGCAUCUAUCACAGCCAAUGGGGCCCGCAUACAAUGCGGGUGGCAUUGAUGCCACCUUGAAGCACAACAAGUUUGCCCGAUUGCCAGACAAUAUGCAAUCAUUUAAUAUUGAAACCAAUUACAGUUCGGGCAUGGAGAUGGUCUCCGGUCGUUUGUUGUCGAUUAAUGGACCCAGCUCGUUGUCGGAUGAGCAUAAUGUAUACUCAAUUGAGAAAGCCGAUAGCCUCAAUGUGCACGAUGUGGAGUACAAUCCGAACGAUAGUAAUCCCCCGAUUCUAACUAACUAUGAUAAUUAUGAAAUGGCCGGCGAUUUUCCAGUCAAUCAAAAUUUGAAUUAUAUAGCAAUCAAUUACAAGACGGCAGUACCUGCAUCAACAAUAAAUGCCUCAUCGAAAUCGAUUAAGAAGACAUCAACAAAUCUACAUAAAAGGAAUACAGGAAUUAGCAACACUAAACAAACAUCGGCAAUAUUUGGCAACAAUAAGCUUAGCCAGACGUCCUCAGUUAGUUCAAUGGAAUUGCAUAAGCUCGACGAUAAUAUGGUACUCAAGAAAUCCUCUUCGUCGAAUGUGGUCAACAAAAACAAGCGUGGAAUCAUCGGCUCCCCAAGUCAAUACUAUAAGGAAAAUACACAACAAAAAAAUAUUAACGUUGAGAUCAUUACCAAACCGCCAAUUAGAUCACGUACGACGCUAGAUAUGCGUCCAACGCAUCAGGCAAAGGUUCCUCAGGAGAAACAUUCACAGCAAGCGAUGAACUAUCGUCCAGAUUUGAUACCCACCUCCGGCAAGAAUAUGAAUCGCAAUUUCAUUGAUGAUCAUUACGAGUUUGAUGUGCUUUCAAGAUCACAUGAUGCAGUACUUCAGGAAUUGAGCAACCGCCAAGCCAGUCUCGAUUUGCUGCGAGGCUCUACACGUACCCACGAUGUUCUUGGUGCACUGAGGCUGGCAAAAACCACUGGCCGAUCCAUUUUCAUUGAUCUUUUAGGGGCAAUAAUUGAAAAGCCAUCUUCUUGGAACUUGGACUUUUGUACAUUUGUAUUACCAGAACUUUAUGAACUGUUGCAGAGUCAACACAAAUUUCAUUUUACAAGAGCCUGCGAUACGUUGCGUAUCAUUUUAUCAAACUUCUUGCCAACAAUCCAAGAAAAUCUCGAUUCAUGGGCAGCCAAUGGAUUGGGGGUGGAUGUUACACGCGAGGAUCGUCAGAGAAAGUGCCUGGAAUGCCAAAGGUGGCUGUUGCAAAUUAAAAAUCUGCCCGAAUCGGUUCACUUUGGGUCAACGCUGUCCCAGUUACAAAACAUGAUUAUUUUUUAAAACUAUUUAUGAGUAUUAAGUUGCAAAUUGUCCAGCAUUACAAAUGAUUUAUAUACUAUUAAUUUGUUAUUGAAACUAAUUUAUAUAACUAUUAAGCGAGA